GGAAGCGAGCUGUGGACGCUGUUUUUACACAUGUGCGCGAGCGACUGAGAGGUCGACGAGACAGACCACCGACCAGAUCGAGCUAUCCGGAUGACCGGAUACCAGACAAUCGACCAAUGGCAUCGCGGCGACGGCAGAAGGGCGUUGGUCGCGUGAGUUGCUUACGAUAUGGGCCUCGGCGUCCGCGUGCUGCUGCUCGUCGGUUGCCUUCUCGAGUCGACGCGCCUCGUGGCCGGCGCCAGCUGCGACGCACUGCAGGCUGCGUACGACGAUGCGGUCGACAACUGCUCGGUCAUCACGAGCGCGCGCAACAUCACGUACAUGAUGCCGACGUUGUGGUGCCAGGUGCCAAGCUGCGUCAAUGCGACGCAGGUCGCCGCUGCCUUGGCAUCGCAUCCGUGCAAAGUACCGAAAGACACGUACCCGGCGCGCCACUGCGACCCUGCGUGCAUUGCGACGCUCACGCAUGUCAACCGCAACGCGCUCUCGUGUGGCGUGGCGAGUACGCUUGGCGCCGGCGACUUGUAUCACUGCGAAGCGUGCAAGUUUCUGUUUCAGAACCUCUCGGUCUUUAGCGCGUCGUGCGGCGUCGCGCCCGGGACACAGGAAGCGAGCUCGUACCAAAGCAAGUUCCUCGACCCGCUCUCGUACUGCCAAGCGACGUUCCACUACACGCCCGACUUUCCGUUCAACGUCUCGUCGGCCUCGACGACAAGCCCGUCGUCAACGUCGUACACGGUCGGGAUUAUCUGCGCGUGCGUUGGCAGCCUCGGCGCCAUCGGUGCGCUCGCUUGUUUUUGCAAACGGCGGCGACGGCGCAAGCCGCUCCGCGCCAGUCUCGUGCGCAUCCCGACGACGCGGGCCUCGACGAUGGACCUGGACCUGGACUUGGCGCCGUACGUCCUUCGCACCAACGACCGCGCGUCCAUGGCGGCGUCCAACAUGAGUAUGUCGGCGACCGACGUCCGGUUCGACCCGCGUAUCAUUCGCUUUCGCAUUGCACUCUCCGAAUUCACCGACAAGACGCUGCUCGUCCACGGCGGGCAAGGCUUGAUUUUCCGCGCUCGCUGGCAGCACCACGCGGUCGUCAUCAAGCAGAUCGCCAACGGCAAAGACUAUGACGCGAUCCAGGAGUUUAUGCAAGAAAUUCGCAUCUCGGCGGCAUUGCGGCACCCGCACAUUGUUGCGUUUCUUGGUGUCGCUUGGACGACGCUGCAUGACAUUGCGAUCGUGUCCGAGUACAUGGCCGGUGGCGACGUGCUCUCGAUCCUACGCGACCAGCGGACACGGCCGCGGUCCGAGCAGUGGCUGCAGUGGGCCCGCCCGCAGUCCGCCCUCACGUCCAAGCUUGAGAUUGCGCACCAAGUGAGCAUGGCGCUCGACUACAUGCACAGCUUGGAGCUGGUCCAUCGCGACAUCAAGGCCAAAAAUGUGGUCUUGAACGCGCAAUUCGUCGCCAAGCUCUGCGACUUCGGCAUCUCGCGGCCCACGUGUCUCACGGCCACCAUGACGAUCAACAAGGGCACGGUCGCCUACAUGGCGCCCGAGGUCUUUACGGGCGAGCGCUACUCGGAGAAGGCCGAUAUCUACAGCUUUGGCGCGCUCGUGGCCGAGCUCGACCUGAUGGACACGCCGUAUGCUGGCGCGGACGAAGGUAUGGACGCGAUGGUCGGCGACGCCCAGAUUGCACUUCAGGUGGUCGAAGGCGGCCUUCGCCCGCAGUUUACUGCUGCGAUUCCCAACGACGUCAAGGCGAUCGCGGACGACUGUUUGGCGUACGACGCCGACGUCCGGCCGAGCGCAAGGGACCUCGAAAGUCGACUCCGCAAGCUCGUCCACGCCAUGCGCCGAAGUAGCACAGCGAGUCGUCGGGACAGUCGGUCGUGUGACGUAGAAACCCCCAUCACGUAGUAUAUGUUAUUCUCUUGUA